AUGGAUCCCGAAGCAGGCUUGACAAUUGCGAGUCUCACGAGAGAGACUGCUGCCGUGCUCAUCAAACGGCACGGUUCGGAAGCUGUCAUCGCAGCACUACGAGCAUGGGUGCAAUACAAGAGCGGACGGUCGUCGAAUUUGGGACACGAGGAGGCCAUGAGGAGAGCAAAAAGCGCAAUACCAGGCUUCCUGAACGACAUACAGUCAAAUAACCUUCGGGUCAUCCCAGGCGCGUUUAAUUCCGCCCCAGAGUUCAUCGCCAUGUUCCAAGCCGAAGCUCUCGUCGCGAUCCCGGUAGCCCUGCUCUUGGCCGGGCAGGCGAUUGAACGGGUAGGGUCUAGUCUCCAGGGCAUCCAACGCGAGCUUACGACUAUCAACAUGGCAAAGAUCCAGGGUUGGGAACAGGAGGGCUUCGGGGCACACGUAUACCGCUUUGUGGAGUACGAGAUGCUCCAAGUUGCGAACGCGCGCGCGAAGAGCGGCGAUCAAAGGCGGCACUACUUCUAUGUCUGGAAUCGCGAUACAGACUGGUAUCCGGUCUUCGAGGCGAAGAACCGAGCGUUCCCUCUCGGUUCCGAGUUCGGCGGGUAUCAUCAUGAGCUCGAUGCGAUUUGUAUGCGGAUGAGAGCGGACAGGAGGACGCUCAUUCAGACUACAUCUCAUGGACGCACGGCGCAAUUCCAUCUCCUCGUUCCAACCCAUGAGCCUUAUGUUCUUGACCGCCCGGUUAUAUUCCACGAGAGCCUUCUCCCGCUUAUCAUCACCGGCCAGCGGCAUCACAGUGUGGACCUCGUCUGGUUCAAUCUUCGCUGGCAGGCAAACGAGCUACAACUGCAAUGUAUCGGAGUCUUGGAAGAGAAGACAAACGCCAUCGCAAAAGCUGGAUUUCUUAGCUCCGUUGGCUGCUUUGCAGGUUUUUUGGCGGCUAGCUGUGCUGUUGCUGUUUUUCCCCCCUGUGCUCCUAUUGCAGAGGCCGCCAUUUUGCCGCUUUGCUCGGGAUACAUGGCCUCUUGUGGUACUUUAGCCGGUGCCAUUAUCUACGAGGAUCUUACUACGAGUGACGAAACCUAUGUCCUAGGAGAUGAUUCCAUAUUAGCCGCGCAAAAGGAAUAG